UUUUAGAGUAUAAUAUAUGCAUAAGUACACAAUUAUAAUUUGCGGAACGAAUAAUAACUGGUCGUAUUAUGGUAUUAGAAGAAAAAGGGUCUAAAAACUAUACAACAGGCAAAUAAAUAUCAACAUGCCAGCCCAUGGUCCACCUCCAGCACCUGGAGCCAACAAGGAUGCUGGUGGAGCUGUUGAUCCAUUUACUAGGAAAUCUUCUGUAAAGAAAAUAGUUAAAGGCCAGAAAAAACAACAGGGCUCUUCACGAUUUCGUAACAAACCGAAUGUAGAAAUACAGCCAUUAGCGUUACUAAAAGAUGCUGCACAGCAAGAAAGACAAGAGUUGUUUAUUAAAAAAUUACAACAAUGUUGUAAUGUGUUCGACUUCAUGGACCCUGUUAGUGAUUUAAGGGGGAAAGAAGUAAAACGUGGAACCCUAAACGAAUUAGUUGACUACAUCACGUCUGAAAGAGGUGUGCUGACGGAACCAGUAUAUCCAGAAAUAGUUCGAAUGGUUGCGAAUAACUGUUUUCGGACACUUCCGCCCUCAGAUAAUCCAGACUUUGAUCCAGAAGAGGAUGAGCCAACAUUAGAGGCGUCCUGGCCUCAUCUUCAACUGGUUUUUGAGUUCUUCUUACGUGUAUUGGAAUCACCAGAGUUCCAACCAACGAUAGCCAAAAAGUAUAUUGACCAAAAAUUUGUGUUGCAGUUACUAGAAUUAUUUGAUAGUGAAGAUCCAAGGGAACGAGAAUUCCUGAAGACGGUACUACAUCGUAUUUACGGCAAAUUUCUUGGACUUAGGGCGUAUAUCAGAAAACAGAUAAAUCACAUAUUUUUAAAGUUUAUAUAUGAAACUGAACAUUUCAAUGGUGUUGGAGAGCUAUUAGAAAUAUUAGGGAGUAUUAUCAAUGGUUUUGCAUUGCCAUUAAAAGCCGAACAUAAACAAUUUUUAUUAAAAGUUCUUAUACCACUGCAUAAAGUUAGAUGUCUAUCUCUAUAUCAUGCACAGCUGGCAUACUGUGUUGUACAAUUCUUAGAAAAAGAUUCCACAUUGACCGAACCUGUUAUCAUGGGUCUUUUGAAGUAUUGGCCUAAAACAAGUAGUCAAAAAGAGGUUAUGUUUCUUGGCGAGGUUGAAGAAAUUUUGGACGCCAUUGAAGCAUCACAGUUUCAGAAAGUUAUGGAGCCUCUAUUCAAAAAGAUAGCGAAAUGUGUUUCAAGUCCUCAUUUUCAGGUGGCCGAACGGGCAUUAUAUUUUUGGAAUAACGAAUAUAUUAUGAGUCUUAUCGAUGAAAACUCAAAUGUAAUCCUUCCCAUCAUGUUUUCAUGCUUAUAUCGAAUAUCAAAAGAUCACUGGAAUCAGACGAUCGUGGCUUUAGUUUACAAUGUGUUGAAGUCGUUUAUGGAAAUGAACAGCAAACUAUUUGAUGAACUGACAUCUUCAUAUAAAGCAGAAAGACAAAAGGAGAAAAAGAAAGAGAAGGAGCGAGAAGAAUUAUGGAAGAAAUUGGAAAAACUUGAAAUGGACAAAAAAGUCAACGAUGGUAGUAAUAUAGCCGAGCCGCAAUGAUAAAAUAAAGUUUUUUCGAGCCUCAUGAAACACGCAGCUGUUAAUAACAACAACAACGACAACAACAGAAACAAUUAUUGGCGUAGUGUAAACUUGCCCUGCUUGUGGUUUUUUUCAAUCAGCGUAUAAUAUAAACAUUAAUUAAAACUCACUUAAAUCAUGACUUUGGUGCCAUUUUGAAAUAAAAAAUAAAUAAACAAAUAUACAAGGUGUCACAUUAGUAAAUUCAAAUCUUUUUCAGAAAUCUCUGUUCGGUAUGCUUUUUCAUAAUUAUUUUUAUUUUGUUGUUUGUUUUUGUGCCUCCCGCUGAGAAUUCUACAAAAUUAUGUGACAAGAUCUCGUGACUUUUCAUGAAUUUGCGUAUUUUUAAUUUGACUGUUUUGCUACCAUUGUUGCGAUGUAAAGUCAACGUCGGUCUUAUCUAAUAGCAACAGAAAACUCUCUUUUUGUCGGUCAGCAGGUUUGCAAAGCGAGGAAACCGCGGGAGGUAUUUUUGAAUUACGAAACUCUUCCUUAAAAUAGAGAACGAACGAAGGAUUAAGCUCCUUUUUGUUUGUAUCGAAUAUGUGAUUUAAUCAGUUCAACAUGUAAAUAUAAUACCAUUUGCGUAA